CGCGAUGCCGCCCGGCGCUCGGUGACGCGGCCCCCGCCGCCAUGCUCCGGCGGCUGCUGGAGCGGCCGCGCUCGCUGGCGCUGCUCGUCGGCUGCCAGUUCGCCUUCGUCGCUUACUUCUCGCUGGGCGGGUUCCGCAGCCUCACGUCCCUCUUCGGCCGCGCCGCGGGGCCCGUCUUCGACUACUCCCGCACGCACGAUGUCUACGCGAACCUCAGCCGGCUCCUGCCCAGGGAGCCCGCCCGGCCUGACCCCGCGCGGCCGCUGCCCUUCUGCCCCGAGCGCUCGCCCUUCCUCGUGGGGCCGCUGACGGUGACCUUCAGCCGGGUGCCGACGUUGGAGCAGAUCCAGGCCAAGAACCCGGCGGUGCGGGAGGGCGGCCGCUAUCAACCCCCCGGCUGCGAGCCCCGGUCCCGCACGGCCGUCAUCAUCCCGCACCGCAACCGCGAGACCCACCUGGGCCACCUCCUCUACUACCUGCACCCCUUCCUGCAGCGCCAGCAGCUCCAGUACGGCAUCUACGUGGUGCACCAGGCCGGUAACUCCACGUUCAACCGAGCGAAGCUGCUGAACGUGGGGGUGAAGGAGGCGUUGAAGGAUGAGGAAUGGGAUUGCCUCUUCCUGCACGACGUGGAUCUGAUCCCGGAGAACGAUCACAACCUCUACACGUGCGACCCUUGGAACCCCAAACACGUUUCCGUGGCCAUGAACAAGUUCGGAUACAGCCUGCCCUACCCCCAGUACUUUGGGGGGGUCUCAGCGCUCACCCCAGACCAAUACAUGAAGAUCAAUGGCUUCCCCAACGAGUACUGGGGCUGGGGCGGAGAGGACGACGACAUCGCCACCAGGGUGCGCCUGGCCGGGAUGAAGAUCGCCCGCCCGCCCGUCUCCAUCGGCCACUACAAGAUGGUGAAGCACAAGAGCGACAAAGGCAACGAGGAGAACCCCCACAGGUUCGACCUCUUGAUCCGCACGCAGCGGAUGUGGACGCAGGACGGGAUGAACUCGCUGAGCUACGUGCUGCUGGCCAAGCACCUCCACCCGCUCUACACCAACCUCACCGUGGACAUCGGCACGGACCCGCGCGCCGCCCGCCGCGCCCCGGCCCCCGGCCACGAGGGCCAGCGGCACCGGAGCAGCACCAGCCUCUUCCGUGAGGAGAUGCUGCGCAAACCCCCCCGGGACCCCAUAGCCUGGGGGGACCGAGGGCUUGUAUUGACCCCGCACCGGCCACCGGCACCCAACGGCACCCAACCGGCCUUGGGCAUCACCCAACGCAGCCCUAAGGGUGCUGGGGACGGUGGCACCGACGUGGUGGGGCAGGAUGAGGGCAUGGCAAUGGCCCGUGGGGACAACGGGAGCCUGGUGCAGGGCACCCCCUAACCCUGGCCCCCAUUGGACUCUGAGCACCAGGA